CGUCAGGCCGCCUCAACCCGAACCCCUCCACUUUAACCUACACGGCAGUCGAAAGCAGCAGCACAAUCCCCACGAUACAUAAUGAAGGCCGCCACGAUAUCCAGACGCUGCUUAUUAGCUCCACGCAGCCUUACACCCACUCUUCCGCGACACGUCCCAACCCCCCGACGAACGUUCUCUACUACACAACCAGCGUCCUCCGCUAUGGACACAGCAGCAUUUGGUGAACAGCACAUUGCAAAGGGCAUUGGUCGCCUCACGAAGCAUGUCUUUGAAGAUGGAAAGGGCACAUUCAUCACCACGGACAAGGGCGUCAAGCUGCUUGACAUGACGGCUGGCAUUGGUGUUGUGAACCUGGGCCACUGCCACCCCAAAGUCAGCGCUGCCGCAGCGGCACAAUGCAACAAGAUCACACACGCACAAGUCAACAUUGGCUUCAGUUCCGCCCAGAUCGCUCUUCUCAAAGAGCUGAUUCCGAUACUCCCACACGAAUCGCUCGAUACUGUCUUCUUUUGGAACUCGGGUGCAGAGGCAGUUGAAGCAGCCGUCAAAUUGGCCCGUGCCGCAACGAAGAAGCCGAAUGUCAUCGUCAUGCAGGGCUCGUACCAUGGCCGCACAAACGCGACAGCCUCGAUGACGAGAUCCAAGACCAUCUACGGCGAAGGCCAUGGACCUCUGAUGGGUGGCGUCUUUGCGUCCGCAUUCCCAUACUACAGCCAGUUUGGCAUGUCACCAGACACACCGAAAGAGCAACUCGUGAAACAGGCACUGCUUCAAUUGAAGCUUACCUUGCAGCAGCAGACUUCUCCCGCGGAUACCGCAGCUGUCAUUCUGGAGCCUGUUCUUGGCGAGGGAGGCUAUGUCCCGGCACCGCCCGAGUUUCUACACGGCGUCAGACAGAUUUGCGACGAGCACAAUGUCCUUUUCAUCGCUGACGAAGUUCAAUCUGGUAUGGGACGCACGGGACACAUGUGGUUCGUACAGGAGUCUGGCGUACGACCAGACAUUCUCAUCUUCGCAAAGGGCAUUGCGAACGGGUUCCCUCUAUCCGGUAUUGCGAGCAGCAAGAAGCUCAUGGAUCUCCAGAAACCAGGUUCCAUGGGUGGAACAUAUGCGGGCAACGCGGUCGCAUGCGCUGCUGCAACAGCAACAGUCAAAGCAUUCCAUGAGGAGAAGAUCCUUGACAACGUCGCCGCGCGCUCCAAGCAGAUCUUUUCGUUCCUCCACGAUCUCAAAGCUUCUGGUACCAAGGCCGGUAACUUGAUCGAAGACAUUCGCGGAUCGGGCCUCAUGGUAGGUGUCCAGUUUGCGAACCCAGAAUUGCAACGCGACUCGUCAAACACUGCUGCACAACAUGCUCAGAGCCAGCCACAAAUCGCGCCCAAGAUUGUGCAGGAAUGCAUCAAGCGAGACAUGCUUCUUCUCAGCACUUCGGUCUUUGACGUGCUGAGGUUCAUUCCGCCACUCACGAUCAGCGAGGAGGAGUUGAGCCAGGCUUGCAACAUCUUCAAGGAGUCCCUGGAGGCUGUCGCAAAGGAAAUGUAAACGUCUUUGGCUUAAUGGUGCGAUGCACGCUAUGUUGGAAAACUUGAAAUCGUUUUUCCUAGCAGUUAUAUACCCUCUUUCGCGCUUUGAUGUGCGGUCAGUCAUGGAACACUCACUCAGUUAUUGAUGCAUCCUAUGCUUGAACGAUGCGACGGAGCUGCGACCAGAUAGAAGCCCGGCAGAUCGAUCCCGUAAGCCGCCUCGCAUUCGCUGUUCGGAAGGCCGAACACCAAUCAGCGGCGUUCGUCUCAGCUGCUGCCAGAAGCGGGCGAAUAACCCGCCGACUCGCGCGGUCGCGGUGCGCAACACCAUGUGUACGAGCAAUACUAAGCAGGCCUGUAUUUCGCAUAUGUUAAUAGACAUAGCAGAGCG